UGAUUGGCUGAGACUGUGAGAAAGUGCAGUCAGACCCAGACCCACACAUUCAUAUGGAGAUGUGGGACUAUAAAUAGGAGGGAUGAAGCCAGCAGAGAUCAGAUUCUCUCUACAGAGACCUCUACAGCACAGAGAUCCAGACAUGGCACCUACAACCACUGCAGCAAUGACCAGUUCUCAGGAGCAUCUCACUCUGACCCACAAGCUCAGAAAGCCUGUGGUGGAGAAGUUACGCAGAGAGAGAAUCAACAGCAGCAUUGAGCAGCUCAAGUCUCUCCUGGGUCCAGAGUUCCUCAAACAGCAGCCAGACAACAAGCUGGAGAAAGCAGACAUCCUGGAGAUGACCGUUUGUGUGCUCAGACGACUGCAGCAGCAGCAGCAUCAAGCUGUGGACUCAGCAGCCGUCAAUCAGGGCUACUCCAGGUGUGUCCAAGAGGUGACACACUUCCUGUCCAAAGAGCAGGUGAAGACACCGUCCCAGAGAAGACUGCUGAACCACUUCAACAAGCUGCAGGCUUCCUCUGAGAAGAACCUGAGAGAGGCUGACUUCUCUCUUCUGAGCUCCACAGUCCAGACCAGCAUCACCAAAGAGAAGAGUGCAGUCAACAGCGCCCCCUGGAGGCCGUGGUAGAGACCUACACACCAGAGUUACUACCAGACAAACUGAGAUGAUCAUAUUGGUCAAAGAUUACUGGAAGUGAAUUCUUCUGAAUUCUUUAUGAACUUGUUCUUCUGUUUGUACAGAAGGUUGUGUUUUGUGUUGUUUUCCUGAGGAAACAUCAGCAACAAUAUCUUUCAGGUUAAGAAAGAGAACAUCAUGUCAUGCAUGUUGCAUGAACCAAAUCUGAUUGCAUCAGCAGUUAUUAUUAUACCUCAGUGUAUUUCAUGUACUGUCAGAAUACAGUGCUGUGGUUACAUUUGUAAUCUUUUCAUUGUUAUUGAUCGUUUUGAUCAGAAACUUUAACUGUUCUUUUUAUGGACAUAUUGUCAAAGAGGACUUUACCUCAUUUUGAUGAAAACGACUCAAAACUGAUCUGUUGUUAGAUCCAAAUGUUUAUUCUGUUGUUUCUAAAAGUUUUGCUUAAUGUCACAAUUGUCCUGUGACACUUUUAU